AUGACAUCGUUAUAUGCGCCUAGUGCAGAUGAAGUAAUGCAAAGACUUCGUCCAUUUGGAUUCUUUUUCGAGAAGUCAUUGAAAGAUUUGAUAAGAGGAAUACGAUCACAUAAUGAUACACCAGAACAACUCGAAUUAUUUCUAGAAGGGCAAUUGUCGGAAUGCAGACAAGAGGCCAAUUCAUCGAAUAUUGAACUGAAAACAAAUGCUGUUUUAAAGCUUACGUACUUGGAAAUGUAUGGCUAUGAUAUGUCAUGGUGUAACUUCCAUAUUUUAGAAGUUAUGAGUAGUAAUAAAUUACAACAAAAACGAGUCGGGUAUUUGGCAGCAUCACAAUCAUUUCAUAAGGAUGCUGAUGUCCUGAUGUUAGCUACAAACCUAUUGAAGAAGGAUCUCAAAUAUGGUAAUAGCAACGACGUCUUCAAAGUAGGGAUUGCAUUGAGUGGAUUAUCUACAAUUGUUACUCCAGAACUAGCAAAGGAUAUCGUGGACGAUCUAUUUUUAAUGCUGAAUAGUUCGAAACCAUAUAUCAGGAAGAAGACUAUCACUGCUUUGUAUAAGGUAUUCCUGGAAUACCCUGAAGCUUUACAGAGUAAUUUUGAUAAUUUUACUUCAAAAUUGGAAGAUACUGAUAAAUCAGUGGUAUCAGCAACCAUAAGCGUAAUAUGUGAAUUAUCUAAGAAAAACCCUACCCCUUUCAUCAAAUUAUCGCCAUUAUUGUAUGAAAUACUAAUCGAUAUUAAUGAUAACUGGAUAAUUAUCAGGUUAUUAAAAUUAUUUAGUAAUUUAUCCAAAAUUGAACCAAAAUUGAAGGGAAGAUUAUUACCAAAGAUAGUAGAAUUAAUGGAUUCAACUAACGCCGCUUCCGUACUUUAUGAAUCUGUGAACUGUAUUAUUUCAGGGAAUAUGCUUGAUGAAUCUGAUUACGAUGUUGCAUUCCAAUGCCUAGAGAUUUUAAGUAAAUUUUGCAAUUCCCAAGACUCUAAUUUAAGAUAUAUCAGUUGUGUCUUAUUUUACAAAAUUGGUAAAAUUAACACAAUUUUUAUAUCUCAAUACGAUGAAUUGAUUAUGAAAUUGAUAAGUGAUAUUGAUAUAUCAAUCAGAUUAAAAGCUAUUGAGUUACUGGAAGGUAUUGUUUCAGAAGAUAAUCUGAAAUUAAUAGUAUCUACGUUGAUGAAGCAAUUUAUGGGAGACGAAGUUGCAAUUAUCGAAACCAGCAGGGGUAACUCAAAAGAGAUACCAAUUAUAAUACCGGAUAACUAUAAAAUCAAAAUUGUUAAUGUUAUUCUGAAUAUCUGCGGAAUGAAUAAUUAUUUAAAUGUGGAUGAUUUUGAAUGGUAUAAUGCGGUGUUGUAUGAUCUUGCUGUGAUUUCAUUAGACUUAAGUGAAAAUGACUUAGGUUCAAAAAUUGGUAAUCAAUUAAGGAAUCUAAUGGUCAGAGUUCCAGAUAUCAGACAUACGACAAUAGUGAAUAUAAUAAAAGUCACAUCCUUAGAUUCGAUUGAGAUCAGAUUACCAACAAUAUUGGAAAGUUGUAUAUGGUCGUUAGGUGAAUAUGCGACGUACGUAGAAAAUGGUGAUGCUCUAAUAAAACUAUUUAUCAAGAAGGGUUUACAUAUGCAAUAUUUGACUCAAGAUUCACUUAUUGUUGCUUUAGUAAAAUUAUUCAGUUCGUGGUGUACCAGAAAUAAAGAUCAAGCCAAUUACGUUAAAGAUGUUUUAAAAGAACUAGUUGCAUUUUUAGCCCAAACCAAUUAUUCAAAAUCGUUUGAAGUUCAGGAAAUAAGUGUCCAAAUGUCUGAAAUUUUAAAAUUAAGUCUUGAGGCUUUAGAAGAACAAUCAGAUGAGAUCCCACUUUUAUUAGCCGAAGUUCUGCCUAGUUUUUUCAACAGCUAUGAGUUGACACCAAUAUCACUGGGAACUCAAAAACAAUUACCAAAGGGUAUUGAUUUUGACAUUGAUAUGCCUUUCCUAACAAAAGAAGAAUUGGACAACGUAUUAGCCGACCAAGAAACCUUAGCUGAAGAGGAUGUGGAUAUAUAUGAUUCUGAUAGAUUUUCUUUGGCUAGUGAUAAUUAUCAUUACCCACCUGUUUCUGAGUAUGAAGAUAGAAGUAGUGAUGACAACGAAACCGAUAAGUUUAAAGAUACUUAUAACGAUUUUGACGAUGAAACAUAUAAGGAAGAGAGAAGAAAGGAAGCUUUAUCAAAUCCAUUUUAUUUAGACCAAUCAAUAGGAAAUGGAAAUCACGAUAAUUUGAAUGAUAUUUUAGCUACUGACAAUGACCAAAGGGAAAAAACUCCAAACGCUAUUGAUAUUAUAAAAAUAAAUAGCAAUAAAGAUGAAAUUUCACAUGAAGCCGUCAAGGCGAAACAUAAAAAGAAGAAGAAGAAGACCAAGAAGGUUAAAGUACUAGCAGAUCAAACAAUAGUGAUCCCAGGUGUUUCCAAUAUCAGUACUUAUAAUAAAAAUAUAAACUCAACGUCUCCAUCUAGUCUCCCCAGUUCAAACAAAAUUAGUUUGAGAACUCAUACUAAAUUAGAGGACUUUGAUUUCGCAGAACAGAAUAAGAAUGAUUCAGAUGAGGACCAAGAAUUAGAAAAAUUAAGAUCGAAAUUCGAAGAACAAAUUAUAAAGGAGGAUAAUCUUAAUAACUCUGAAGGUGAAGAAGUUGUUGUUAUCAAAAAGAAGAAAAAGAAGAAGUCUAAGUCCAAAUCAAAAUCAAAGGAAGAUGGUAUGCUAAAAAAAAAGAAAAAAGAGCAUACUUCAAAUGAAGGAAAUCAAGAAAUCAAUUCUCCAAUUAUAGAGGAAAAUGCUUUCCCUUAUACAAAUGAAAAAUCGAAGCACGAUUAA